CUUAUUAAAUAGCUGUAGAUAUGGGAACACAGGUCCUUUCAUCUCUGCCUCUGCAGAUCAUGUUUCUCUUCAAUGCCUGGUAUUAUGCAGCAUUCUUCAUCGCAGAGUGUCUUAUGUACAUCUACAAAGCUGAAAUUCUUCCAUACCCUCGCGCAGAUCUGGCUCAGGAAAUAAUAGUGCUUCUUCUUCUCACUGGAGUUGAGUUCUUCAGACAAUAUCUAGGAAAGCGUGGCAACCUGACGGAGCGAAAAGUGCCAGUGUUGAUUUCUAUGCUGCUAGGAGUGGCCUGUGUAAUAUGUCUGCUCUACUUCAUACUGUGGCAGACAUAUGUACUCAGGUUUGAAGUGAUUAUCUGCGGAGUCCAGAUCGCAUUCAUCGCAGUUCAGAUCCUGUUCUCAAUACUCGCAUUCAUCUCAUUCGCACGAAACGAGAGCUAUUCGUGAAAGGCUGUUGAAAGAACACAAAUAAGGGAUAUAUGUAAAUAGCAGCAACUCAGAGGACUUGACUGGUUGUAUAUUGUACAUUGUGAUACUAUUGUCGAAUAGAUUUAUAUUAUUGUCAACUGUAAAUAAUAAUUGUAGAUGUCUGCCAAAUUGAAUUUAUUUUCACGUUUUC